AUGCCAACACCACAAUGUGUAAUAAUAAUCGGCACAACAAGCGGCACGAGGAUCCCCGAACAAAUGCUCGUGUUUCCGGGCGCCGCCUAUGGCAACGAGGGUCCCGGCGCGUUGAGCCAGUUUGGGCGCCGGCAAAGCGUGGGCCUUGGGAUGGCUGUGCGAGCGUUUGCCCAAAAACUCGCCAAAGACUCGACGCAAGCCGAGGCCCUAUCAGGGUCUUCCCAAGCUAUGCAGGAUACCAUGCAGAAAGUCUUGGAAACCCUGUACAACAACGGGACAACGCCGCAGGCCUCGGUCAAUGACCGAAAUGCUGCAAAUUGGAGCCGUUCAGGGGCGCUAGCCCAGUACGUUCAUCAGAACACCGGAUGGAACUGCUCUCUACACUCCUUGACCGUACUGGCCGACAACUUGAAGCUGAUUAACCUCUCCCGCUCCUCGUACCCCGACUGGAUCAACAACUGUUCCCUGGCCGGCUACCCGGAAGAUACGCUAAUCGCCAAAAUUUUGACAUAUUCCGACUACCAAGCAAAAACAUGUGCAGAUUACGAUCCUUGUCGUCGACUGCUGGCUGGUGUCUGGCUGGAGCAUAUCGUUGGUUUGCUGGAUUCGGUGGCCGAUUCCAGCGCCCCGAAAAUCGUCUUGUAUGCUGCUGAAACAGCCCCGGUCAUGUCGGUCAUGCGGUUGAUGGGCAUUCAGCAAGCAUCGCUAGAAGCAGCUUCCGGUUUCAUGCUCGAACUUCGCGCUCAGCCCGCCUCGGUUCGAAUACUCACCCAUGAGCCACUGCUCAUCGACGGCCACGUCUUCAAGCAGGUUGGGUUGCAC